UUCUUUAUUUUUUACUCUUCAUAUUUUUUUUAUUUUAUUCUUUAUGUUUCUUUUUUCCACUUGACCACCAGAAAAGAGGAAGGAAAGGAACUUCCUUUCUUUCACCUUUGGAACUCAAUCAAGAAUGGCAGCCCAUAUGCCAUUCAUCAGUUUGAUGAUAUUGAUCAUCAUCUCAGGAAACUAUAUCAAUGCUCAUGACGUACCUUAUGAUUACUCAUUCACGCACGAGUGUUUGGCAAAGCCACUAAAACCUCAAUAUGGAGGAGGGAUAGCUGUGAAUCCAGAACUGAAUGAAGGAUGCAAAGGCUGGUCACAAACUGGAAAUACAAAAAUAGGGUCCAAAGAUGGCAACAACUACUUUGUUGCUUCUGUUCUCAAUAAUCAGUCCUCGUCUGUGCACAAAUUUUACUUGCACCACCACAAACUUUACCCUUUCUCAGGUUGGUUCCAAGUAAGCAAGGGAAAUGCCUACAUCGAAGCAGUUUUCAAGACACAGAUCAACGAUGUAACUGCUGGGUUUGUCGCAGCACAAGAGGGUUGUUGGACUAUGCUCAAGGGAGGCAUCGUUGUCAAUGUCUCCGGCCCUGCCGAGCUCUAUUUCAAGAGUGUCGACAUUGACCCUACAGCUGAGAUAUGGGUAGACAGCAUCUCGUUGCAACCAUUCACACAGCAAGAAUGGAAAUGUCACCAAGACCAGAGCAUGCAAAAGGUCCGUAAAACCAAGGUGAAAUUCCAUGUGGUGGACAACCAAGGGCGACCUCUACCGAACGCCAAAGUUUCCAUCAAACAGACCCGACCUGACUUUCCAUUCGGCACCGCGAUUAGUGGGCACAUCCUCAACAGCACAGCAUACCAAAACUGGUUCACCUCCAGAUUCAGGUACACCGUAUUUGAGAACGAGAUGAAAUGGUACUUCAACGAAGUAGUCCGGGGCGUUGUUGACUACUCUGUCACCGAUGCUAUGGUCCAGUUUGCCAAGUCCCAUGGUGUGGCUAUCCGUGGCCACACUGUCCUGUGGGAAGACCGUAACUUCCAACCACCGUGGCUCAUAGACUUCCCCAUCAACAGAAGCGAAGAAUAUCGAGCACUCACCAAUUCUAGGGUCCAUUCCGUGAUGAACAGAUACAAAGGGCAGCUCAUUCAUUGGGACGUAGUGAACGAGAACCUGCACCAUUGGUUCAUCCAGGACAGACUUGGAAAGAAUUCUUCUGCAGUUUAUUACAAGAAGGCGCACGAGAUCGACCCUAACGCUUUGUUGUUCCUGAAUGAGUACAUGACCGUCGAGAAGAGUGGGGACAGACGGGCGUCGCCAUGGAAGUAUCUGCAGAAGAUAUGGGAGAUGAGGGAGCAAGGCUACACAGGGCCUUUGGGCAUUGGGGCCCAGGCUCAUUUUGGUGCAGUAAUGAAUCUGCCUUAUUUAAGGGCGUCCAUUGAUGUGCUAGACUCAGCAAAAUUGCCUAUUUGGAUUUCUGAAUUGGAUGUCAACAACAUUACAGGAUCUAACCAGGCAUGCUACUUGGAGCAGAUCAUACGAGAGCUACACGCACACCGGGCCGUGCAAGGGAUAAUCAUGUGGAGCGCAAUCACUCCCGGAGCCGGGUGCUGGAGGAUGUGCCUGACGGACGAAAAUUUCAAGAACCUAGCAACCGGCGACGUCGUGGACAAGAUCAUUGCCGAAUGGACUCAUGCAGGUGGCAUACAAGGAACCACGAAUGCCAACGGCUGUUUCGAGACUCCACUGUUUCAUGGCGAGUAUGAAGCCACAAUCAGCCUCCCCACAAUGAACAAAGAGCCUAUUCUGCAGAAGUUCAAAGUGGUACCAAACGGAAAAGCACACGAAGUAGUGGCUGUCAAGAUUUGCACGUAAGUAGUUGUGAGGGUUUGCAACUAGAAAUUGGAAAGAAUGACCAAAAAAAUAUGAACACAUUAAGAUGGGAAAUGUUUGUGAUCUUUUAUUUCAAAUUGGUAAAGAAAUAAAAGCUAUAUAUUCUUUCUAUC